AUGAAUAAAAAUUCAAAAAUCCAAUCACCAAACUCUUCAGAUGUAGCAGUAAUUGGAGUUGGUUUUAGAUUUCCAGGUAACUCAAACGAUCCAGAGUCAUUAUGGAAUAAUUUAUUAGAUGGCUUUGAUGCUAUUACUCAAGUUCCAAAAGAGAGAUGGGCUACAUCUUUUAGAGAAAUGGGAUUAAUCAAAAAUAAAUUUGGUGGUUUUUUAAAAGAUUCAGAAUGGAAAAAUUUUGAUCCUUUAUUUUUUGGAAUUGGUCCAAAAGAAGCACCAUUUAUUGAUCCACAACAAAGGUUAUUAUUAUCAAUUGUUUGGGAAUCAUUAGAAGAUGCAUAUAUUCGUCCAGAUGAAUUACGUGGUUCAAAUACUGGUGUUUUUAUUGGUGUUUCUAAUAAUGAUUAUACAAAGUUAGGUUUUCAAGAUAACUAUUCAAUAUCACCUUACACAAUGACGGGUUCAAAUUCAUCAUUAAAUUCAAAUCGUAUUUCAUACUGUUUCGAUUUCCGUGGACCUUCAAUAACCGUUGAUACAGCAUGCUCAUCUUCAUUAGUUUCGGUAAAUUUAGGUGUUCAAUCGAUUCAAAUGGGUGAGUGUAAAAUUGCAAUUUGCGGUGGUGUAAAUGCACUCUUUGAUCCAUCAACAAGUGUGGCAUUCAGUAAAUUAGGUGUAUUAAGUGAAAAUGGCCGUUGCAAUUCAUUCUCUGAUCAAGCUUCGGGUUAUGUACGUUCAGAAGGUGCCGGUGUUGUUGUUUUGAAAUCAUUGGAACAAGCUAAACUCGACGGUGAUAGAAUAUAUGGCGUAAUUAAAGGAGUUUCUUCCAAUGAAGACGGCGCUUCCAAUGGUGAUAAGAAUAGUUUAACUACUCCAUCUUGUGAAGCUCAAUCAAUUAAUAUCUCAAAAGCAAUGGAGAAAGCGUCCUUGUCACCAUCCGAUAUAUAUUACAUUGAGGCUCAUGGUACAGGUACACCAGUUGGUGAUCCAAUUGAAGUUAAAGCUUUAUCAAAAAUAUUUAGCAAUUCAAACAAUAAUCAAUUAAAUAAUUUUUCCACUGAUGGUAACGACAACGACGACGACGAUGACGAUAAUACCUCACCAGAACCAUUAUUAAUUGGAUCAUUUAAAUCAAAUAUUGGUCAUUUAGAAUCAGCUGCUGGAAUUGCAUCAUUAAUUAAAUGUUGUUUAAUGCUUAAAAAUCGUAUGUUAGUUCCAUCAAUUAAUUGUUCAAAUUUAAAUCCAUCAAUUCCAUUCGAUCAAUAUAAUAUCUCUGUAAUUAGAGAAAUUAGACAAUUUCCAACCGAUAAAUUGGUAAAUAUUGGAAUUAAUAGUUUUGGAUUUGGAGGUUCAAACUGUCAUUUAAUAAUUCAAGAAUAUAAUAAUAAUUUUAAAAAUAAUUCAACAAUUUGUAAUAACAAUAAUAAUAAUAAUAAUAAUAUAGAUUAUUUAAUACCAAUUUCAAGUAAAACUAAAAAAUCAUUAGAUAAAUAUUUAAUUUUGAUAAAGACGAAUUCAAAUUAUCAUAAAGAUAUUUCAUUUGAUGAUUUUGUAAAAUUUCAAAUUAAAUCUAAACAAUAUAAUUUAUCAAAUAGAAUGACUACAAUUGCAAACGAUUGGAAUUCCUUUAUAAAGGGAUCAAAUGAGUUUCAUAAUUUAAUCGAAAGUAAAGAUGGCGAAGGUGGUAGUAGUAGUAGUAAUCGCGGUAUUGAUAGCGCAAAUCAAAUCAAUACAACUACUACAUCAACUAUAAAUGAUAUUGAACCAUUAUUAGUAUUUGUAUUUUGUGGACAAGGACCACAAUGGAAUGGAAUGAUUAAAACAUUAUAUAAUAGCGAAAAUGUAUUCAAGAAUACAGUUGAUCAUGUAGAUUCAAUUUUAUAUAAAUACUUUGGUUAUUCAAUUUUAAAUGUAUUAUCAAAGAUUGAUGAUAAUGAUGAUUCAAUUAAUCAUCCAAUUGUUGCACAACCAUCAUUGUUUUUAUUACAAAUUGGUUUAGUUGAAUUAUUCAAAUAUUGGGGUAUUUAUCCAUCAAUUUCAGUUGGUCAUAGUUUUGGUGAAGUAUCAUCUUACUAUUUAUCGGGUAUUAUUAGUUUAGAGACCGCUUGUAAAAUAGUAUAUGUAAGAAGUUCAAAUCAAAAUAAAACAAUGGGAUCAGGUAAAAUGUUAGUGGUUUCAAUGGGUUUUAAACAAUGGAAUGAUCAAUUUAGCGCCGAAUGGUCAGAUAUCGAAAUCGCUUGUUACAAUGCACCAGAUUCAAUCGUUGUCACAGGUAAUGAAGAAAGAUUAAAAGAAUUGUCAAUUAAGUUAUCCGAUGAAUCGAAUCAAAUCUUUAAUACAUUCUUAAGAUCACCAUGUUCAUUCCAUAGUAGUCACCAAGAAGUUAUCAAAGGUUCAAUGUUUGAAGAACUUUCAAAUUUACAAUCAACUGGUGAAACUGAAAUUCCAUUAUUCUCAACAGUAACUGGUAGACAAGUCUUGAGUGGUCAUGUUACAGCCCAACAUAUCUAUGAUAAUGUUAGAGAACCAGUUUUAUUUCAAAAAACAAUCGAAAGUAUAACAUCAUAUAUCAAAUCACAUUAUCCAUCCAAUCAAAAGGUCAUUUAUGUUGAAAUUGCUCCACAUCCAACUUUAUUUAGUUUAAUUAAAAAAUCAAUUCCAUCAUCAAACAAGAAUUCUUCAUCAGUACUUUGCCCAUUGAAUAGAAAAGAGAAUUCAAACAAUUCAUAUAAAAAAUUUGUUUCUCAAUUAUACUUCAAUGGUGUAAAUGUUGAUUUCAAUUUUCAAUUAAAUUCAAUUUGUGACAAUGUUAAUAAUGAUCAUCAUUUGAAUAAUGUUAAACAAAAUUCAUUUAAAGAGACAACAAAUUCUUUACCAAGAUAUCAAUGGGAACAAGAUGAAUAUUGGAGUGAACCAUUAAUUUCAAGAAAGAAUAGAUUAGAGGGUCCAACAACUUCAUUGCUUGGUCACAGAAUCAUUUAUUCAUUCCCAGUAUUUCAAAGUGUUUUAGAUUUACAAUCAGAUAAUUACAAAUAUUUAUUAGAUCAUUUAGUAAAUGGUAAACCAGUAUUCCCAGGUGCUGGUUAUUUAGAUAUAAUAAUUGAAUUCUUUGAUUAUCAAAAACAACAAUUGAAUUCAUCAGAUAGUUCAAACUCAUAUAUAAUCAAUGUUGAUAAAAUUCAAUUCUUAAACCCAAUUCAUUUAACUGAGAAUAAAUUACAAACUCUACAAUCAUCAUUUGAACCAAUUGUUACUAAAAAGUCAGCAUUCUCUGUAAACUUUUUCAUAAAGGAUACUGUUGAAGAUCAAUCAAAAGUUAAAUCAAUGAGUGAUGAAACUUGGACAAAUACUUGUAAAGCAACCAUUUCAUUAGAACAACAACAACCAUCACCAUCAUCAACAUUAACUUUAUCAAAGAAACAAGAUUUACAAAUACUUAGAAAUCGUUGUGACAUUUCAAAACUUGACAAAUUUGAAUUGUAUGAUAAGAUUUCAAAGAAUCUUGGAUUACAAUAUAAUUCACUCUUCCAAGUGGUUGAUACCAUUGAAACUGGUAAAGAUUGUUCAUUUGCAACACUUUCAUUACCAGAGGAUACUUUAUUUACAACAAUUUUAAAUCCAUGCCUUUUAGAUAAUUGUUUCCAUGGUUUAUUAACUUUAAUUAAUGAAAAAGGUUCAUUUGUUGUUGAAAGUAUUUCAUCAGUUUCAAUCUAUCUCGAAAAUAUUGGUUCAUUUAAUCAAACAUCAGUUGGUAAUGUUCAAUUCUACCUUUAUACUACAAUUUCAAAGGCAACUUCAUUCUCAUCAGAAGGUACAUGUAAAUUAUUUACAAAAGAUGGUAGUUUAAUUUUAUCAAUUGGUAAAUUUAUAAUUAAAUCAACUAAUCCAAAAUCAACAAAAACAAAUGAAACAAUUGAAUCUCCAUUGGAUGAAACAUUUUCAAUUGAAUGGCAAUCAAAAGAUUCACCAAUUCCAACACCACAACAAAUUCAACAACAAUCACCAUUAAAUUCAAAUCCAUCGUUCAUUAGAUCAACCAUUCUUAAGGACAUUCAAUUUGAACAAUAUUGUUCUUCAAUAAUUCAUAAAGAAUUAAUUAAUCAUGAAAAAUAUAAAAAUCAACAAUCAUUCGAUAUCAAUUCAUUGGAGAAUCAUUUAAAUGAUGACCAACUUAUGGAAUCAUUAUCAAUUUCAAAAGAAUAUCUUAGAUUCUUUACAAGAAUUAUUUCAAUCAUUAAACAAUAUCCAAAGAUAUUGAAUGAAAAGGAAUUAAAAGAAUUAAAAGAAAUCAUUGAAUUAAAGUAUCCAAGUGAAGUUCAACUUUUAGAAUUUGAAGUAAUUGAAAAAGUUUCAAUGAUUAUUCCAAAAUUGUUAUUUGAAAAUGAUAAACAAUCAUCAAUGACAUUGUUUCAAGAUAAUCUAUUAACUAGAUUCUAUUCAAAUUCAAAUUCAACUCGUUUCUACUUGGAAAGGGUCUCUGAAAUGGUGUUAGAAUCAAUUAGACCAAUAGUUAGAGAGAAAAGAGUUUUUAGAAUUUUAGAAAUUGGUGCUGGUACUGGUUCACUUUCAAAUGUUGUUUUAACAAAAUUAAAUACUUACUUAUCAACAUUAAAUAGUAAUGGUGGUAGCGGUUAUAAUAUAAUAAUCGAAUAUACAUUUACAGAUAUUUCAGCAAACUUUAUCAUUGGUGAAAUUCAAGAGACAAUGUGUAACCUUUAUCCAAAUGUUACAUUUAAAUUCUCUGUGUUGGAUUUAGAAAAAGAAAUCAUCAAUAGUUCAGAUUUCUUAAUGGGUGAUUAUGAUAUUGUUUUAAUGGCUUAUGUAAUUCAUGCAGUUUCAAAUAUUAAAUUCAGUAUUGAACAACUUUAUAAAUUAUUAUCACCAAGAGGUUGGUUAUUAUGUAUUGAACCUAAAUCAAAUGUUGUCUUUAGUGAUUUAGUUUUUGGUUGUUUCAAUCAAUGGUGGAAUUACUAUGAUGAUAUUAGAACUACUCAUUGUUCAUUAUCAGAAUCACAAUGGAACCAAUUAUUAUUAAAUCAAUCUUUAAAUAAUGAAUCAUCAUCAUCAUCAAAUUGUUAUGGUGGAUUUUCAAAUGUAUCAUUUAUUGGUGGUGAAAAAGAUGUAGAUUCUCAUUCAUUUAUUUUACAUUGUCAAAAAGAAUCAAUUUCACAAAUGAAAUUAGCAACUACAAUUAAUAAUGGUUUAUCAUCUGGUUCAAUUGUAAUUGUUUUAAAUAGUCAACAAUUAACUAAUAUGAAAUCAUACCCAAAGGUUAUUGAAUAUAUUCAAGAGGCAACAUCACUUUGUAAAACCAUCGAAAUUAUUGAUUCAAAGGAUGUUUUAAAUUCUACAAAUUCAGUUUUAGAGAAAAUUCAAAAAUCUUUAUUAGUAUUUUGUUUAUUAGGAUAUGAUUUAUUAGAAAAUAAUUAUCAAGAACAAUCAUUUGAAUAUGUUAAAUUAUUAAAUUUGAUUUCAACAACAGCAUCAUCAUCAAAUGAUAAAAAACCACCAAAGGUAUUAUUAAUUACAAAACAAAGUGAAAGAAUUUCUAGAUCAUUCUAUUCUAGAUCUUUAAUUGGUAUUUCAAGAACAUCAAUGAAUGAAUAUCCAAAUUUAUCAAUUACAUCAAUUGAUUUGGAUACAAAUGAUUAUUCACUCCAAUCAUUAUUGAAACCAAUAUUUUCAAAUAGUAAAUUCUCUGAUAAUGAAUUCAUCUUUAAGAAGGGAUUAAUGUUUGUUUCUAGAAUUUUCAAGAAUAAACAAUUAUUAGAGAGUUCAAAUGCAUUUGAAACUGAUUCUUCAAAUUUAUAUUGUAAAGCAUCAUCAGAUUUAUCAUAUAAAUAUGCAAUUAAACAAUCAAUGCUAACUGAAAAUCAAAUUGAAAUUAAAGUAGAAUGCGUUGGUAUUAAUUUCAAAGAUAAUCUAUUUUACAAAGGUUUAUUACCACAAGAAAUCUUUAGAAUGGGUGAUAUCUAUAAUCCACCAUAUGGUUUAGAAUGUAGUGGUGUUAUCACUAGAAUCGGUUCAAAUGUUACUGAAUAUUCAGUUGGUCAAAAUGUUUUUGGAUUUGCUCGUCAUAGUUUAGGUUCACAUGUUGUUACCAACAAGGAUCUUGUAAUCUUAAAACCUGAUACAAUCUCUUUCUCUGAAGCUGCCUCAAUUCCGGUAGUUUAUUGUACUGCAUGGUAUAGUUUAUUCAACAUUGGUCAAUUAUCAAAUGAAGAAAGCAUUUUAAUUCAUUCAGCAACUGGUGGUGUUGGUUUAGCAUCAUUAAAUCUAUUGAAAAUGAAAAAUCAACAACAACAACCAUUAACAAAUGUUUACGCAACAGUUGGAUCAAAUGAAAAGAAGAAAUUUUUAAUUGAUAAUUUUAAUAAUCUUUUCAAAGAAGAUGGUGAAAAUAUUUUUAGUACAAGAGAUAAAGAAUAUUCAAAUCAAUUAGAAUCAAAGAUUGAUGUUAUUUUAAAUACCUUAUCAGGUGAAUUUGUUGAAUCAAAUUUCAAAUCUUUAAGAUCUUUUGGAAGACUCAUUGAUUUAUCAGCAACUCAUGUUUAUGCAAAUCAACAAAUUGGUUUAGGUAACUUUAAAUUUGAUCAUCUUUAUUCAGCAGUCGAUUUAGAGAGAUUAAUUGAUGAGAAACCAAAACUUCUUCAAUCAAUUCUUCAAAGAAUUACCAAUUCCAUUGUAAAUGGUAGCCUUGAAAAGAUUCCAAUUACAAUUUUCCCAUCUACUGAAACUAAAGAUGCAAUCGAACUCCUAUCAAAGAGAUCACAUAUUGGUAAGGUUGUUGUAGAUUGUACAGAUAUUUCAAAAUGUAAUCCAGUUGGUGAUGUAAUUACAAACUUUUCAAUGAGAUUACCAAAACCAAACUAUCAAUUAAAUUUAAAUUCAACUUUAUUGAUUACUGGUCAAAGUGGUUUAUCAAUCCCAUUAUUGAAUUGGUUAUUAAGUAAAUCUGGUGGUAAUGUUAAGAAUGUUGUAAUCAUUUCAAAAUCAACAAUGAAAUGGAAAUUACAAACCAUGAUAAGUCAUUUCGUAUCAGGAUUUGGUAUUCACUUUAACUAUGUUCAAGUUGAUAUUUCAAACUACGAUGCCUUAUCGGAGGCAAUCAAGCAAUUACCAUCCGAUUUACCACCAAUUACAUCGGUUUUCCAUUUAGCUGCAAUUUAUAAUGAUGUACCAAUGGAUCAAGUUACAAUGUCAACCGUUGAAUCAGUUCAUAAUCCAAAGGUAUUGGGCGCUGUUAAUCUUCAUAGAAUUAGUGUUUCAUUUGGUUGGAAAUUAAAUCAUUUCGUAUUAUUUAGUUCAAUUACUGCCAUCACUGGUUAUCCCGAUCAAUCAAUUUACAAUUCAGCCAAUAGUAUUUUAGAUGCACUUUCAAAUUUCCGUAGAUUCAUGGGAUUACCAUCAUUCUCUAUUAAUUUAGGUCCAAUGAAGGAUGAAGGUAAAGUUUCAACCAAUAAAUCCAUUAAAAAACUAUUCAAAAGUCGUGGUUUACCAUCAUUAUCUUUGAAUAAAUUAUUUGGUUUAUUAGAAGUUGUUAUUAAUAACCCAUCAAAUCAUGUAAUUCCAAGUCAAUUAAUUUGCUCUCCAAUUGAUUUUAAAACUUAUAUUGAAUCAUUUUCAACUAUGCGUCCAAAAUUAUUACAUCUUCAACCAACAAUUUCAAAACAACAAUCAUCAAUUAUAAAUGAUUCAACCAAAGCAAGUUCAAACAUAUCAUUACAAGAUAAAAUUACUUCAAAAGUUUCUGAUUUAUUAUCAAUUCCAAUCUCUAAAAUUAAUUUUGAUCAUCCUUUAAAACAUUAUGGUCUUGAUUCAUUAUUAACCGUUCAAUUUAAAUCAUGGAUUGACAAAGAAUUUGAAAAGAAUUUAUUCACCCAUAUUCAAUUAGCAACUAUUUCAAUUAAUUCUUUCCUUGAAAAAGUUAAUGGUUUAUCAACUAAUAAUAAUAAUAAUAAUAAUAGUAAUGUUAAAUCAUCACCAUCAAUAGUAAAAGAAGAAAUUGUUACUUUAGAUAAAGAUCAACAACCAUUAUUAUUAAAAGAACAUCAACAUAUUAUAAUUUCACCAGAUAUUAGAAUUAAUAAGCCAAAACGUGAAAGUUUAAUUAGAACUCCAAUUCUUAAUAAGUUUAAUCAAAUUACAGAAUCAAUAAUUACCCCUUCGACACCAUCACUAUCACAAUCAGAUGUAUUGAAAACUCCACCAAUUAAAAGUUUAAACAAUACAAAGAAUUCAUCAUUAAUUAACACACCACCAAUUCAAAGUGUACAACAACAUCAAAAACAACAACAAAAAGUUCAAGUAAUUCAACAACAACAACAACCAUUAUCAAGACUCUCAUAUAAAUCCAAUAAUAAUUCAUUCGUUUUGGGUAUUGGUAUAUCAGUACCAGGUGAACCAAUUUCUCAACAAUCAUUGAAAGACUCCAUAUCGAAUGAUUUCUCUGACAAAGCUGAGACCAAUGAAAAAGUUAAGAGAAUCUUUGAACAAUCACAAAUUAAAACCCGUCAUUUGGUUAGAGAUUAUACAAAACCAGAAAACUCUAUCAAAUUCCGUCAUUUGGAAACAAUAACCGAUGUAAAUAAUCAAUUCAAGAAAGUUGUACCAGAUCUAGCUCAACAAGCAUGUUUACGUGCCCUCAAAGAUUGGGGUGGUGACAAAGGUGAUAUCACUCACAUCGUAUCUGUUACAUCAACUGGUAUUAUCAUACCAGAUGUUAAUUUCAAGUUAAUCGACCUUUUAGGUUUAAAUAAAGAUGUAGAAAGAGUAAGUUUAAAUUUAAUGGGCUGUCUCGCUGGUCUUUCAAGUUUAAGAACCGCUGCUUCAUUGGCAAAAGCAUCACCACGUAAUCGUAUCUUGGUGGUUUGUACUGAAGUUUGUUCAUUACAUUUCUCAAAUACUGAUGGUGGUGAUCAAAUGGUUGCAAGUUCAAUCUUUGCAGAUGGUUCUGCCGCUUAUAUCAUUGGUUGUAAUCCAAGAAUUGAAGAAACACCACUCUAUGAAGUAAUGUGUUCAAUCAAUCGUUCCUUUCCAAACACUGAAAAUGCUAUGGUUUGGGACCUUGAAAAAGAAGGUUGGAAUUUAGGUUUAGAUGCUUCCAUUCCAAUUGUAAUCGGUUCAGGUAUUGAAGCUUUCGUAGAUACCCUAUUGGACAAAGCUAAAUUACAAACCUCCACUGCUAUUUCAGCAAAAGAUUGUGAAUUUUUAAUUCAUACUGGUGGUAAAUCAAUUUUAAUGAAUAUCGAAAAUAGUUUAGGUAUUGAUCCAAAACAAACUAAAAACACUUGGGAUGUAUAUCAUGCAUAUGGCAAUAUGUCAAGUGCUUCCGUUAUCUUUGUAAUGGAUCAUGCAAGAAAAUCAAAAUCAUUACCAACUUAUUCAAUCUCUUUAGCCUUUGGUCCUGGUUUAGCUUUUGAAGGUUGUUUCUUAAAAAAUGUUGUCUAA